CAAAAUUAUUACAAAUGAAAAAUAAAUAAAUAUUUUUUUUCGGUCCAUGCUGAUUUCUGGGCAUUUGUACUUUUCCACUCUCAACAAUAUAAAGAGGCCCUUGUGCUCCUCCCUCCCUCCCAAUCCUUACAAACUGUGCCUCUCUAAAGGUCUCUCCUUUUUUUCAGUCUUCUUAGGGGUUGCUCUGUUUCUGUUUGGUUUAUCAGAAAUUUUAGCUGAUAAACCAUCCAACAUUGCCAAUUCUUUGCCUUUUGAGGUUGAAAAAGGAACAAUAGUUUCGGUUUUUGAUUCACAUUCAGCUUCUGUUUCUCUCUGUUUUUUUACUUUAAAAACUCAACUCUGUUACUGUUUCAUAUGGAGAAGUUUGUGAGACUCAUUUCCAUGGCUCCUCUGCUUCUGCUUCUCUGUUUCCCUCUUGCUUUAGCUGGCCAUGACUAUGGCCAAGCUCUGAGCAAGAGCAUUCUCUUCUUCGAAGCUCAGAGAUCUGGGUUCCUUCCAAACAACCAGAGAGUCACUUGGAGAGCCAACUCUGGCUUGUAUGAUGGCAAGGCUAGUGGGGUGGAUCUAGUGGGAGGUUACUAUGAUGCAGGGGACAAUGUGAAGUUUGGGCUGCCCAUGGCAUUCACAGUGACAAUGAUGUCCUGGAGUAUCAUAGAGUAUGGCAAGCAAAUGGCUGCAAGUGGUGAGCUUGGUCAUGCCAUGGAAGCUGUCAAGUGGGGCACUGACUACUUCAUCAAAGCCCACCCUGAACCCUAUGUUCUCUAUGGAGAGGUGGGAGAUGGGAACACUGACCACUACUGCUGGCAAAGACCCGAGGACAUGACCACUGACCGCCGGGCUUACAAGAUCAGCCCGAGCAAUCCCGGGUCGGAUCUCGCCGGAGAAACCGCCGCAGCCAUGGCCGCCGCCUCCAUUGUCUUCCGCCGCUCCAACCCCGCCUACGCCAGUGAGCUCCUCCGCCAUGCCCACCAGCUGUUUGAUUUUGCGGACAAGUACAGGGGCAAAUAUGACAGCAGCAUCACUGUGGCCCAAAAGUACUACAGAUCCAUCAGUGGCUACAAUGAUGAGUUGCUAUGGGCUGCUGCUUGGUUGUUCCAGGCAACCAACAAUCAGUACUAUUUGAACUACCUUGGAAACAAUGGUGACUCCAUGGGUGGAACUGGUUGGGGCAUGACCGAGUUCGGUUGGGAUGUCAAAUAUUCCGGUGUUCAGACCCUUGUUGCCAAGUUCUUAAUGCAAGGUAAAGCAGGUCGCAACACAGCAGUCUUUGAGAAGUUCCAACAGAAGGCUGAGUACUUCAUGUGUUCAUGCAUCGGAAAGGGCAGCCGAAAUGCGCAGAAGACUCCUGGUGGCCUGAUUUUCCGCCAGAGGUGGAACAACAUGCAGUUUGUCACAAGUGCCUCCUUCUUGGCCACGGUCUACUCCGACUACCUCACAUCUGCCGGGAAGACAUUGAACUGUGCUGCUGGCAAUGUGGCACCAUCCGAGCUUCUAUCUUUCGCGAAAUCUCAGGUUGACUACAUUCUUGGUGACAACCCUAGAGCCACUAGCUACAUGGUGGGCUAUGGAAACAACUUCCCUCAACAAGUUCACCACAGGGCUUCCUCAAUUGUUUCCUACAAGAAGGACUCUUCCUUUGUGAGCUGCAGGGGAGGCUAUGCCACUUGGUUUAGCAGGAAAGCAAGUGAUCCCAAUCUUCUCACUGGUGCCAUUGUUGGCGGACCUGAUGCCUAUGACAACUUUGCUGAUCAGAGAGACAACUAUGAGCAGACUGAGCCUGCUACCUACAACAAUGCUCCUCUUCUCGGUAUAUUGGCACGCUUGAACGCCGGCCAUGGCGGGUACAGCCAGCUCCUACCAGUGGUUACCACCCAACCAAAAGUAGCUCCACUACCUAAAAUCACUCCAGUUGCUCCAGCUUCAUCUUCUAGCCCUAUUGCCAUUCAGCAAAAGCUAACAACUUCUUGGGUUUCCAAGGGAGUAACUUACUACAGAUAUUCCACAGUAGUGACCAACAAGUCUGCCAAGACACUAACAAACCUCAAGCUUUCAGUAUCCAAACUUUAUGGCCCUAUUUGGGGCCUCACAAAGGCCGGCGAUUCCUAUGUUUUCCCAUCAUGGAUCAACUCUUUACCGGCGGGAAAGAGCCUGGAGUUUGUCUACAUCCACUCUGCUUCUCCAGCAGAUGUCGCAGUCUCAAGCUACUCAUUAGCCUAAGAAAGGAAGAAAACUCAUUGAAACAAAGGAGAGAGGUUCACACAGUUUCUGGGAUGGUAUUGUAAGAAUUGUGCAGCUAUACAAUUGGAGACCAGAAAAAAAAAAAGGACUUUUUCUUUUCCUUUUCAAAAAGUACUUAUGAUUGGGAUCUGCAUAGGCUUUUUAGACGAUGUUAGGUCAAAUAAGUAUGAAGAUUGGGGAAGAAAGGAGUGAAGAGACGGGUUAAAAUGAGUGCUCA